UUUUAUUUUUAAAUAUGAUCUCUGUGAAAUGAUUGAUUGUGCUUGAGUUUAUGCGAGAUGAUUCAUGAUUAUGCAACUCGUUACCAGUCGCCUGAGUACUUCGCAUCAAAACAUUCAACUAUAUUAAAAUUUAUAUGACAAAGUAGCAACAUAAGAAAUGUGUUGUUGACAAGUUACAAGACAUUGAAAGUAUGAAAAUUAUUGAAUUUUGAUGGGGGGAGCUGUUAGUCAUGGUGUUGACAACAAUGAUCUUAUUGAUAAACUGGGUGAUGCUGGCUACAUAAGGUCACCUGAUGUCAUGUUUGCUUUGCGUGCUGUGGACAGAGCAUUAUAUUUCCCAGAAGGCCGCGAGAAUCUUGCAUAUAGAGACUUAGCUUACAAGAAUGGGGAAAUUCAUCUCUCCGCACCAUGCAUAUAUUGUGAAGUCCUAGAGGGCUUGGAGCUGAAAAAAGGUUUGUCUUUUCUAAAUAUUGGUAGUGGAACUGGCUAUUUGUCAACUGUUGCUGGCCUACUGCUCAGUUCUGAUGGCACAAAUCAUGGCAUUGAAAUUUCAAGCAAUCUUGUUGAGUUUGCAGAGAAUAAAAUAAAGACAUUCCUUGAAAAUGCAAUGCCAAACAUUUUUGGUGUUGAGUUUUGCGAACCAGUGUUUGUCACUGGUAAUGGGUUAUGUUUGAAUCCAUGCUAUCGCCAGUAUGACAGAGUCUAUUGCGGGGCUGCAGUCAGCUCACAAUAUGAAGAUUAUAUGAAAUCGUUAGUUAAAGUUGGUGGAAUAUUAAUUAUGCCUUUUGAUGAUAAGCUGCUAAAGGUUUUAAAAAUUUCUGAAAUGGAUUAUGAAGGAACAACACUGCUGCCAGUUUCAUUUGCACCUUUAAUUCUGCCAGGAAAGAAAGAAAAAAUGAAAUCAAUUGACAUAGCAUCUAAUCCAAGAACCCUUCAAAGCCAGUGUAGGACUGUUAUAAGAUGUCUUCUUGGAGUAAAUUGUCUUCAAAAUGUGCUGAAUCUGGAAUUACCAUUGCCUAAACCAAUUCUGGAAUAUCUCCUAUACAAAUAAAUUUGUAAAUGUCUGACAAUAGCCACUUCCUGAAUUUGCUUGAGUGCACAUAGAACAAUAGCUUGGAAACAAGGCUGGCAAUGAAAUCUAUUGUUUGUGGGAUGGUUUUUAUUGCCAGAGAACAAAUUCGGGAAGUGUCAAUGUUAAAAAUAAUGGAAAGAAAAUAUAAAAGUUUAUAGUGCCUCUGUUGUUCAUGUACUUUAUACAACGACCAUCUUAGCAUGGUUAUAGCAAGUUAAUUUGGGGAUUCACUUCCUGGUAACAACUGUCACCAUGAUUCUAAUACUGUCUAAGUCAGCCUAUAAGACACUAAGAGUGCCCAGCAAUAUGCAAGGGUGAAUAAACCUGCAUGGUCCUCUUUGAUGGUUUUGAAAUGAUCAAUGAUUUCAAAAAAUUCAACAUGAAAAUCAAGUAUGUUCCAUCUUUGUUCACCUUUUUAGAAAUUUUAUCUCCACUCCAAUUAAUCCUUUCAGCACUUUGUGUAGCACUCUACCACAGCUGUCUCAGUCAAUUUACCAUUCAAAAGAUUCAUUUAGCACACAAAAAUAAAAAUCCAAGCAUUGCAGGAAACUAUAUGCAAACCAUUGUUUGGGAUUAUGCAAUUUAUCUUGUAUCAAAAUAAAGUUCGCCAGUUUGUUCUCAACUGGAACUACUUUUUUUCAUCAUUUAAUGCCAAUAAAGGACUGGUAUACCAUGAAGCAUGCAGUCAACAAAAUAUGCUGAAUUUGCCAUUAU